GUAGCUCUCGGGAUCCAGCAUCCAAGCAGCAUUCUAUCCUGACAAGCGACUGCAAACAGAUCGCUUACCCCCCAUAGAAGAACCAUGGCCGCCCCCUUGUCAGACUCCGAUAAGAGAAAGCAGAUCAGUGUGCGGGGCAUCGCCGGGCUGGGCGAUGUGUCCGAGGUCAGGAAAAGCUUCAAUAGACAUCUACACUUCACCUUAGUGAAGGAUCGGAACGUGUCCACCCCCAGAGACUACUACUUUGCCCUGGCACACACUGUGCGGGACCACCUGGUGGGCAGAUGGAUCAGGACCCAGCAGUACUACUACGAGAAGGACCCCAAGCGUAUUUAUUACCUCUCUCUGGAAUUCUACAUGGGGCGCACCUUGCAGAACACCAUGCUGAAUUUAGGUCUCCAGCACGCCUGCGAUGAAGCCAUAUAUCAGCUGGGCCUGGAUAUGGAGGAGCUGGAGGAGAUCGAAGAAGAUGCAGGUCUCGGCAACGGAGGACUGGGACGCUUGGCAGCUUGUUUCCUUGACUCAAUGGCUACUCUGGGUUUGGCUGCCUACGGCUAUGGGAUCCGAUAUGAAUUUGGGAUAUUCAAUCAAAGGAUUCUCAAUGGAUGGCAGGUGGAGGAGGCGGAUGACUGGCUUCGGUAUGGCAACCCCUGGGAGAAGGCUCGUCCUGAGUUCAUGCUUCCUGUACAUUUCUUUGGCAGAGUGGAGCGCACUGCUGAGGGUGCUAAAUGGGUGGAUACACAGGUUGUGCUUGCGAUGCCUUAUGACACUCCUGUUCCUGGCUAUAAAAACAACACUGUGAACACCAUGAGGCUUUGGUCAGCAAAGGCACCAAAUGAGUUCAACCUGAAAGAGUUUAAUGUUGGUGACUACAUCGAGGCUGUGUUGGACAGAAAUCUGGCUGAAAAUAUCUCCCGAGUUCUCUACCCCAAUGAUAAUUUCUUUGAAGGCAAGGAGCUGCGGCUGAAGCAAGAGUACUUUGUUGUAGCGGCUACGCUCCAAGACAUCAUCAGGAGAUUCAAGUCUUCCAAGUUUGGAUGCCGCGAUCCAGUGAGAACCUGCUUUGACACUUUUCCAGAUAAGGUUGCCAUUCAGCUAAAUGACACCCAUCCAGCUCUUGCCAUUCCUGAGCUCAUGAGGAUUUUUGUAGACCUGGAGGGAAUGGAGUGGGACAAGGCCUGGGUCAUUACAAAGAAGACCUGUGCGUACACCAAUCACACAGUACUGCCUGAAGCUUUGGAACGCUGGCCAGUUCAUUUGUUUGAGAAACUGCUUCCUCGCCAUCUGGAUAUCAUCUAUGAAAUUAACCAGAAGCACUUGGAUGAGGUGGCAGCCAUGUUUCCUGGCGAUAUGGAUCGGCUGAGGAGGAUGUCAGUGAUUGAAGAAGGAGAUUGUAAGAGAAUAAACAUGGCUCACCUCUGUGUGAUUGGCGCUCAUGCUGUCAACGGUGUGGCAAGGAUCCACUCAGACAUAGUGAAGAAUUCAGUCUUUAAAGACUUCUAUGACAUGGACCCACCGAAAUUCCAGAACAAGACAAAUGGCAUUACUCCAAGGAGGUGGUUAAUGCUGUGCAAUCCAGGCCUGGCUGAUAUAAUCGCAGAGAAAAUUGGUGAAGAUUUUGUAACUGACCUGAGCCAACUGAGGAAACUGUUGGCUUUUGUGGAUGACGAGAGCUUUGUGCAUGAUAUUGCUAAAGUCAAGCAGGAGAACAAGCUGAAAUUUUCAGCUUAUUUGGAGAAGGAAUACAAUGUUAAAAUUAAUCCAUCUUCAUUGUUUGAUGUACAAGUGAAGAGAAUCCACGAAUACAAGAGGCAGAUUCUAAACUGUUUACAUGUCAUCACUUUGUACAAUCGAAUCAAGAAAGAUCCAACCAAAGUAUAUGUGCCAAGAACAGUCAUGAUUGGAGGAAAGGCAGCUCCUGGCUACCACAUGGCAAAAAUGAUCAUCAAAUUAAUCACCUCUGUGGGAAACAUUGUCAACAAUGAUCCUAUAGUUGGGGACAGACUUAAGGUUAUAUACCUGGAGAACUACCGUGUAUCAAUGGCCGAGAAAGUGAUCCCAGCGUCUGACCUGUCUCAGCAGAUCUCGACAGCAGGCACAGAAGCCUCUGGCACCGGUAAUAUGAAGUUCAUGUUGAACGGUGCUCUGACCAUUGGAACAAUGGAUGGUGCCAAUGUUGAGAUGGCAGAAGAGGCCGGAGAGGACAAUCUGUUUAUCUUUGGCAUGAGAGUGGAGGAUGUGGAAGCACUUGACAAGAAAGGAUACAAUGCAAAAGAGUACUAUGAUAAAAUCCCAGAGCUUCGGGAAGCGAUCAAUCAGAUCAGAGAUGGCCGCUUUUCUCCAACAGAACCAGAUCUUUUCAAGGAUAUCGUCAAUAUGUUAAUGAAUAAUGACAGGUUUAAGGUGUUUGCAGAUUAUGAAGCUUACAUUAAAUGCCAAGGGAAAGUGGACCAAUUAUAUAUGAACCUCAGGGAAUGGACCAAGAAAGUCAUCAAGAAUAUUGCUUGCUCUGGCAAGUUCUCCAGUGACAGGACAAUUAGUGAAUACGCCACUGAAAUUUGGGGUGUCGAGCCCUCCUCUGCGAAGAUUCCCGCACCCAACAUACCCAGGGAAUAGAUAUAUGGAGGUGCAUGUGCUCACUGUUCUCUGCUGGUAGUUUGGUUGGCUCAGGAUUAGUGUUUGUUCACCAGUUGUGAUUGCUUUUUCCAUCAGAGCAUAGCCUUGUCAUUGGGAAAAUAUGCUGAUUAUAUUAUCCAACACUGUCUCUGCAGUUUAGCUGCUCGCAAUGUUAGGAUUUCAUCUUUAGUCCAAGCCUGGCUAUAUAAUUAGGCCAGAGCCCUGACAUUGGCAAGACAAUACUAAUGUCAUCUAUAUGUCCUAGGCAGUGCUUCCAUAAUAUAUUAACUAAGGAAGCAAGGGCAGUCGCUGCUGUUUCUUUCAUAGAGAACACAAACCAUAUUCAUGUUAAGUCAUACAGGAUUGAACCACUUGUAAUUCACUGAAUAUUAAUGAACCUUAGCUAGUAUUUGUGCUCAUUAUAUACACUGUUUUUUAAAUUGUUUCUUUUUAUCCUGUAUGAACAAAUAGGAAGCACACGUGAGAUGCUUCUCCUUCUGCAUUUCACAUUGACUCCAUGUAGUACUGUUGUAUCAUAUUGUUUUAGUCAUAUAGUAUUAAUAGUUUUAUUUUUAUCCAGGUUUUAGAUUUUAAACACCUGUGGACUUUUUUUUUCAGUGAGGCAAUGCAGAGAAUAGUGGCAUUGUGCAGAAUGCAGUGACCCAUUGGCACAAUCACAUUGCAGUCAUCUGUAGUCCAAUUAUAAAUUAUUUUUGAUUUGUUGCUAGUGUUUACUGCAGUGUUGCACAUCAUUACUACUCUUUGCACUGUCUUACUGAAUAAGUCUACUUGUCAGAAAAACAUAAGCGGCAAUGGGGACAGUUUGGAUAUACAAGGCUUAAUAAAGAAGGGCAUUAUCCUUAUGCAGAGUACAUAUGUGACCUUAAAUGGUAAGGAUUAAAGUACUGUACCUCCAGGAGUAGAAUGGUGCAUAGAGUAUGACAUAAGCCAUUAGAAAAGGCCCAUUUAGAGUGUGAAGUACUGUAAUAAAAGCAGUUUAGUAGCUGCAACACAGUGGCACAGAGCAAACACUUUCCCAACGCUGGACCAUCUGUAGGAAUGUGGCCGUCAUAUCCUUGCUCUCCGCACAACCUGGUGAAUGGGACAUGGAGCAAGCUUGGCGUGAAACUUUGUAAAUCAUGUGUUUGUCUUUGCAAAAAUGCCGUUGUUUUAGCAUUUGUGUGUGUGUGUGCGCGCGAUUUCAAAGUACUGUAUUUCUAACUACAGAUUUGCACGUUAACUCCACUUUCAUGUUUGUGAGUCUUCUUCCUUUAAUAAAACUAGUAUCUACGCUCUGA